CUCUCUCUUGCUCUCUCUUUUAUUCACACGAAUACAUUCUCUUCUGUAUGUAAUUCAUUUCAUACACACUGUCGUGCAUGUCCGAGUUUCUUGGAUAGAAGUCAGACUCAAUAAGAUCAUGAACUGCAUGCUUUUAGGCUGUUUCCUGCUGUUGUUUGUUAACCUCACAGUCACAGCUGAUUUUCAAGUUUACCAGAAGCCCAGGUUUUAUGGCAUCAAAGUGGGAAGGAGAGUGGGAUUUAUAUGUCUGGCUUAUGAUCUCACUCUAAAAGAUGCAAAUGUGACGUGGUACAAGAUCGAAAAAUAUGAUGAGGAAAAAGUAACCAAUAGUAAAAUGGAUAAAAUCAUUAGUUCCAAAAUACCAACAUUUUUGGGCGACAUUAGGUAUCAGUUAAUCCUCGAAAAAGUAGAGGUCAGUAACAGUGGCAUUUAUUACUGCAAGAUCAAAGAUGUUUGGGGACCCGGAACAGAGCUACAAGUAUUCAGACGUGGCAAAUCAAAACGGAUUGAACAGAGGAACUACAUAAAAGACAUGAUCAUAUUAUUCCAGGGGUUUCUGCUGAUAUUGUGUGUAGUCAUUCCCCUGGUCUGGUAUUACAGAUUGGAGCAAAAGGGAGAAGCCGUCUAUGAAGAACCUGUGCAUGAUCAUACAUAUGAGGGUUUGGAGAUCGAGCACUGUGGAGACCUCUAUGAAGACCUAACUGCAUUUUCACAAACCCCCGAUGCAGACGCAUCCUGGCAAAUUGAGUCUCCGGAACAGGAGUAAAAUUGGUGCGAUGCAGAGUACAAACAAUGCAGUAGGCAGACUGAAAUAUAUUUUAUUUUUGGUUUGGAAAACAAGGAUGACAUGGCAGCAAUACAGUACAUACUAUAACUUACCAGUCAAACGUUUGGACACAAAUUUGGAUUUGUUUCCCUCAUUCUAGAACAGUAUUGGAGAUUUAAAAACUUGACUACGGAAGUUGGAAAUUAAGUAAAAAAACAAUAAAUUGUUAUUAAGACAGGAAGGUAGGCUGUUCUGGAACAGUUCUUAAAAGAACAGUAUUGUCAAGUGCAUUUGUAAAACUCAUUAAGCACUAUGAUAAACUGGCUCUUAUGAAGACUUCUGAAGUCAAGCCUUACCUCUGCUACAGAGGAGAAGUUUAUUUAGAGUUAUCAGCCUCAGAAAUGACCAAUUAACAAAUAGUACCUCAGAUUAGAGCCGUUAUGAAAAUUUGAGUUAUAGGUAACAGACACGUCUCAAUAUCAACUGUUUAAAGGAGUUUAUUGUGAAUUUUCGAAUGUCUUCAGCAUUGUUUUACAGUAUAGAAAGAAAUACAAAUCAGGAGAGACAUGGGAUUAUGUUGUGUGUCCAAACGUUUUACUUUU